AUGGCGGUGGCGAUGACUAAUCUACAAGGCUGCAUUCAGCAGCUGUUCAGUAAAAAUCGCUGCAAUUCAAUCGUUUUGGUAUAUAGUGAAGACUCAGCAGAUUUUCUUCUUUUGUUCCUCGGGAAAACACAAACGGGAGUAGAGGCACGAAACACACCUUCGCGCACGAAUCCUUGCCGCCGUGUACCUCUGCUCGUCAGUACCAGGCCAGUUGCAUCGUGCUUCCCCUUGUUGGUGGGUCCAUCGCCAAUCUGCUCCCUGCUUCCUCUGGUCGGGUCCUUAGGUCUGUUCAGCUGCUUGGUUCAGAUUAUUGCUUCGAUUGGCGCUGCUUCUGCUGGCCCUGAUCCCAAAACGGUGCUCCCCUGCUUCCUCUCUUCAACCAAAUCUGCUCUAUCCAUGGUUCAAAUUUACUGUAGCUGCAUGAGUUUCUUGCCACAGUCGCCUUCGGCCUCUGUCACUACUAGCCCCGUCGCCACCAUCACCAUCUCAGGUCCAACAUCAUUUGCGCCGGUAAUUGAUGCAGCAAUUGAUGUUGUGGAGAAAAGCAAUGGUCAAUAUCAUGUUCUUGUUAUUAUUGCUGAUGGACAGGUUUCUAGAAAUCCAUAUAUAGGAGGACGCAAAAGGCUUGGUCCACAAGAACAAGCAACUGUUAAUUCUAUAGUUGCUGUAAGUCACUAUCCUCUCUGAAUAAUUUUGGUUGGUGUUGGAGAUGGACCGUGGGAUGAGAUGUAGCAAUUUGACGAUAACAUCACAGAGCGCUUAUUUGACAAUUUUCAGGUUUGGCGGUGGUUCCAGAAAUUAUGUGAAGAGAUGAGUCAUGACCCAUAAUGAUCUUAUUGGCCAUUAUAUUAGGAGUUUUCAUAAAAGUAGAGAAGGUUUCAUCACAUUUGAAGGUUAAUAUUUUCACUUACCUUUGUAUUUCACUUUGCUAGCUUGAAAUAUUUAUAGUUUGCCUUUAUUUUAUUAUCUGUAGGCUAGUGCUAAGAAAGUAAAAUAAUAUCAGCUCUAUUUUUAAUUAUACACAAAUGUUUGUAUGUCAGAAAUGAAUGAGAAUAUUGAGAAGAUAUACAAUCCAAACGCGAAUAUAGUUUUUAAUGCAA